GAGUGAGUGAUUGACUUUAUCAGUCCAAGGACAUCAUUCGCCUGGAAAGGGGGGGAAGUUUGAUCUUCUUUCUCACGGAUCCCAGUUACGGGAGUUUUCCUCCCGUUUACCGAGACUAGGAAUUAUUCUUUCGUUUUUCAAUUCAAGAUUUCUUUAUUGAAGCCUACGUGAAAUUGUGCUCAGUUUACCGUUACCCACUUCACUCCGCUAAACUGGGGUUUCUCUUUUUUUUCUUUUCUUUUUCACUUGCUUUUUCUCGAUUGAGCCCAAUGACUAUGCUCCUUGAUAGCGCUCCUCAGUUCCCUUCACUAGGAGUAGGGGGGUUCGGAACGCCUAGACACCAUGAGUUGGGAAACCGAGAUCCCGGGCUGGGGCUCAGUCCAUUCGCAGAUUCAUCUCACUCGGCUGCCUUCAAGAUAAGUCCCGUUACUCACGAUAUCGCCUCCAGCCAGUCAUCAGCGUUCACCCCGCAAGCUACUGGAUACGCAGCCGCGCUCGGACACCACCACGGAGGACAAGUUGGUUCUUACGCCGGUGGAGCAUUCAAUUCGACCAGGGACUUUCUCUUCAGAAACAGGGGCGCAGGCAUCGGAGAGACCGCACCGCCGAGUGCCCAGCAUGGAAUCUUUGCCGCUUCUGCUGGGAGUCUACACGGGCCCCACGGAAUUUCGGACAACCCGGGACAUCUGUUGUUUCCUGGACUUCACGACCAGAGCGUGAGCCACACUUCACCGGGAGGACAUGUUGUAAACAGUCAAAUGCACCUGGGUUUACGCGGGGACAUUUUUGGCCGUCCAGAUCCGUACCGAGCUGUGGCAAGCCCUCGUACGGACCCUUACGGCACCGCUCAGCUCCAUAACUACAACCAUGCCAUCAAUAUGAACAUGGGGAUGAACGUACCCACACACCACGGUCCGGGGGCCUUCUUCAGAUACAUGCGGCAACCUAUUAAGCAAGAAUUGUAUUGUAAGUGGAUAGAAGAGAAUCAGAUGAACAGACCUAAAAAGACUUGUGACAGAACUUUCAGCACAAUGCAUGAAAUGGUGACACAUGUUUCAAUGGAACACGUUGGCGGCCCAGAACAGAGUAAUCAUAUUUGCUUCUGGGAGGAUUGCCCGAGAGAGGGGAAAUCCUUUAAGGCCAAAUACAAACUCGUGAACCACAUCCGAGUGCACACGGGAGAGAAACCGUUCCCUUGUCCGUUCCCCGGUUGUGGGAAAAUCUUUGCAAGAUCAGAAAAUCUUAAAAUUCACAAAAGAACUCACACAGGUGAGAAGCCAUUUAAAUGCGAGUUCGAAGGCUGCGACAGGCGCUUUGCGAACAGCAGCGACAGGAAAAAGCACAUGCACGUGCACACAUCUGACAAGCCAUAUAUCUGCAAAGUGUGUGACAAGUCCUAUACACACCCCAGCUCUCUCAGGAAACACAUGAAGGUACAUGAAUCACAAGGCUCAGAGUCGUCUCCAGCUGCUAGCUCUGGAUACGAGUCCUCCACGCCGCCAGUGCUGGUUUCUGCGAACACUGAAGACCCGACAAAAACACCCACGUCUGCAGUGCAAAAUACAUCUGCACACAGCGAUGGACUACCACCUAAUUUUAACGAAUGGUACGUUUGAAGCUCCAAGCAGAUUCUCAAAUGGUGGACCAAAAGGUUGAAGUAACCUUUUAAAAAACUAUUUACGCUAUGGCGUUCAAAAUGGCAUUGAAACAACAGGAAAAGAUGAGAGUUCGCCAGCAGGCCUCGUCCGUUCUCAGGAUUCGAAAUUUGACUUUAUUCCGAGUUUGAAGAAAACUAGCAAGACAUAAAAUAACAAAAUAACACUUUCUAAGAAUA